AGACGCGUCUACCUGCUUCAGCCCCGUUAUUUAAAAGCCUCUGAGACAGACGCGCUGUCCACUCUACAAACAUACUCUGUGGGGAUCAGCCUAGGGUUAAAUCAAAGAACUGAAAAUAUAUAUAGUAAUAUAUAGUAAGAAAAAAAUACUGUAUUGGAAGUGACGGACAACUUAUUCCUUUAUUCCUCGUUUUGAAUUAUCCACAGGAACUUCACAUUUGAAAGACAUACAGAAGUUUCCAGCUGUCUUCUGUCCGGAGCGAAGUAUCACGCCGAAGAAUUGAUGGAGAUUUUGAGAAUUGAAAAAUUCCCUGGACAGCUGCAUUUGCUUUGCACUGGAUAAUACAGUUUUACAGAAACAGGUUACAGUUACGACCCAAAGGGGGUUUUUAGCCUGAUGCCACAGGAGAACUAAGUCAAUAACUUUAUUCUGUAGUUCUUCAGAAAACAUCUCUGUACUGGUGCUUUAAAGAACCCAGAAACCAGCAAACCGAUCUGAAGAUCUUAUAAUGUAACAUCAAGAACCUUUUAAUCUCCAGGAGAUCAUACAGGCAAAAUGGUUCUUAAUGAGAAGAAGGUUCUUUGCUGAACCUAAGAACCAUUGAAGAACCUAGUAAGAUCUAUGGCGUGAAGCAGAAGAGAAGAGGACAGUUUUCCAAGUGAUUAUAUUUAGAAGUGAUUACACCCUCAUCAUCAUCAUCAUCAUCAUCAUCAUCACCACCACCACAGGACUGGAUGUAAAGAUGACAAGCGUCUGGUUUGCUCUGCUGGGCUUCUUGUGGAGCUCUUCUUUGGCAGGUAGUAGUUCUGUACUGGACGGUUCUGAGCUUCAGCCCAACUUCAUACAUCGGAGGUUACGGAAUCAGGAGAAGAGAGAGAUGCAGAAAGAGAUUCUGUCCAUACUGGGACUGAACCACAGACCCAGACCGCAUCUGAACAGCGGCAAAUAUAAUUCAGCACCCCUCUUCAUGCUGGAUCUGUACAACAGCAUGUCCACUGAAGAGAAGAGCGACGUGGAUCAGUACAGAUCACUGUUUACCACCACACGACCCGCUUUAGCUUCACUUCAUGACACCGAGUUCCUGCACGACGCGGACAUGGUCAUGAGUUUUGUCAAUAUGGUGGAAAAUGACAGGGAGCUGUCUCCACAGAGACGACACCAUAAAGAGUUCAGAUUCAACCUGUCCCAGAUCCCAGAGGGAGAGGCCAUCACAGCUGCAGAAUUCAGGAUCUACAAGGAGUGUGUCACCAGGGCCUUCCGCAAUGAGACGUUCCUAAUUAAUGUGUUCCAGGUGGUUGGGGAACACCCAGACAGGGAUGCCGACGUGUUUCUGCUGGAAUCUCGCAGGUUGUGGGCAGCUGAAGAAGGUUGGCUGGAGUUUGACAUCACAGCAACUAGUAAUCUCUGGGUGAUGAGUCCACAUCAUAACCUGGGUCUACAGAUCAGUGUGGAAACCAGCAGUGGAUGGAGCAUCAGUCCCAAGGAAGCGGGGUUAGUGGGUCGUGAUGGCGCUCUGGAGAGACAGCCUUUCAUGGUGGCCUUUUUCAAAGUAAGCGAAGUCCGUAUUCGCACUGCCCGGUCGACAAACAGACGGCGUCAACAGAACCGCAAUCGCUCCAACAGUCCACAGGAGGCGACAAAAGGAUCAGCUCAUACAGAUUACAACAGCAGUGAUCAGAAGACUGCCUGCAGAAAGCAUGAACUGUAUGUAAGCUUCAGAGAACUGGGCUGGCAGGACUGGAUUAUUGCACCUGAGGGCUACGCAGCAAACUACUGUGAUGGAGAAUGCUCUUUUCCCCUAAACGCCCAUAUGAAUGCUACUAAUCAUGCUAUAGUACAGACACUGGUCCAUCUGAUGAAUCCAGCGAACGUUCCAAAGCCAUGUUGUGCUCCUACCAAACUACACGCGAUCUCCGUGCUCUACUAUGACGACAACUCCAAUGUCAUUCUGAAAAAAUACAAGAACAUGGUGGUGCGCUCAUGUGGCUGCCACUGACACAGGGGACAUGUACCCUCCUGCCCAACCGCUGCACCGCAGACACACAGACAAAUGUGUGCAAGGACUGACAAAAUGAAAUAAGACAAGUGCUAUGAACAAAUGUAAGACAAUGUCUCAACAGUGGAUUCAGGUUUGCUGCUUCUCAUCUUCACAUACACACCCAUUUCCCAUAUGACAUUUCAGAUCCUUCAAACUGCCAAGAGGAUGUACAUCUGAAUCUACAGUAUGAACAGAAAAUGAACCCGAUGUCUACAUUCUAAAACAAAGACACAAAGAAAAUGUCAAUUAUGAGCUAAAAUGCAGUUACCAAAUCUUUAAAGGGGUCACAUCAUACAUAAUAUACAAUAUCUUCAUUUUUUGAGGUCCACUUAAAAUGCUACAAAAGCUUCACCAAAAGAGCCAAAUUAGCUGUUCUAAUACUAUUUUCCAUGGUCUCGUUGCCCCUUGGAAUUAAACGGGAUGUUUAGUUUGCUGCUGUGCCUUUAGACAUCUUGUUCUACAGUCUUUAUCUGUCUGAUGUUUCAUAGUUCCAGAACAAGUUGUUUUUGCAACUUUCAGGAACUUCCUCUCUAAUAUAAAUAGACGAUUUGAGUUCUGAAAGUUACAGUAGCUCUUUUAUUUCAAAAGAAACUUUGGUUCCUUAUAUGACAUGACCUCUUUAACAUCUGAAGCUGUCCUGAAGCACAGAAAUCAGAACAGGAAACUUUCGACUGUUUUGUGUAUUUUUGAUGAAGUCACUUGAACCCACAGGACUCUAUUUUAGAUCUCAAAAAAAUCAAAUUAUUUUAAGUUUCUCAAUAUUUGCUCUGCAGUACCUGUGGUUUGCAUUGGUGAGUCAGAGCGAGUGGUUAUAUACUUCAACAGAACUCAAAGAACGGAACCAUUAUGUUGCCGUUCCAAGAAUGGAACUGUUUUUGAUGCCGUCCGACACCACAGAUCUAUAAUUUCCCUGGAACACCUGCACCUCGGAUGGCUUGCAUCCAAAACCUCCCACAAGACACAAGGACCUACGGAUAAUUUAAGGUUUUUCAGCAACAAAACCAUAUUCUAUGCUAACUUCAUCACAUGGGCUGUAGAUUUUCCACCACUUCAUGUCAAUAUUUAUUGUCAAACUUUUACUAUGCAGCUAUCCAUCUUUUUUUUUUUUUUUUUUUUUUACUGUGAGCCGUUGAAUGGUACAAAGCUCUCUCUGGACAGGCUACAUAUGUGUAUUUUCAUCAUUGUAGCGAUAUCUUUUGUUUUGCCCUAUUUAGUAGGUUGUGAACCUAUAACCGUUUCCAUUUUUUAUACCAAUACUGGAACCAAAUAACUUCACAAUAUUUGGUUAUGUUUAUGGUUCCAGAAAGUCAUCAUUCUUCCACUGACAUGAGUGGAACACUUCAUAAAUAUGCUAAUUUUAAUGCUGUUUGCAUUCCCAUUAAUCUCACUGCUAUAGAGGCCAAUAGAACCCUAUGCCAACCAGCCAAACCUGGACUGCUUAGAUCACAGUGACAGUGAUCAAAUCACUGGAUGGCAUUGGUUUUUACUGUUGGUUGCCAGUAGGCAUUCCUACUCAGCUGCAUCCAAAUCUGGCCCCAAAUCAUAACACGUUUCCCCCAAGAAUUGUUCUGUUGAAACAAUCUGUUAACAGGCAGCUGAGAGUAGUAAAAGCAAUAAUUUUCCAAAUAUUGUCAUUUUUUAUGAUACCUAAUUAUAUCACAUACCUCCUAUAAACUGCUGUUUACAUGUCUCAACCAUAUUUGGAUGCUUGUGUGUAAAUACUUGUACAUUUUACUGUUUAUUUAUUGCUCCUUUUAUGAAUCAUAUACCACAGAGAUCAUAUAACAAGAGUAAAGCAAAAAAUUAAAACGGCUAUUUUUGGAAAAAGACAUUUUAUUAUGAAUUUUGUCAAUGUGCCUCUUUUUGUACAAAAAGCCCCAGGCAGUGUGUGUACCCCUCUCACACAGGACAAAAAUACUGCGUUUUUCACCGAGGUCGGCCUUGACCAUGUGCCUCCCAUAAAGACUUCACUGAAUAUAUGCGGUUUCUCUGAUUGCUUUUCCCUUCCUUCUCUUUCAGAUCCAGUAAAAGAGAAAAAUAAACAUCUCAGUGUGGGAACAUUUAAAAGGAAAAAUUACAUUUGUUUAAAUCAAUGAAACCACUGGAGAGCAUCAGAGCACACAUACAAGUACUAUCAGCGUUCUUCAAGCAAUGACACCAGGCAACGAAGUAUCUGAAUUUCACCAUCACAAAGUGGUUGACUGCAUGUAAAAGCCAUCAAGGCUGCAUUACAGAGACAAAAACGAGAAAUGACUCAAAUUGUCAAAAAAACCCAAAUCUAAUCAAAAGAAAAAUGACAUGAGCUAAAUAGUCACAUCUAUGGAAGCUUGUUUCCACCCUGGAAUAAAAAAAUAAAGGUAAUUGAGACUUCACACAAUUCAGACAGUUUAUAUCUCACAAUUCUGGCUUUAUAACAAGCAAAAGUGAGCUAUAAAGUCAGAAUUGUGAGAUAUAAACUCGCAAUUGAGAAAAAAAAAAAGUUGCAAUUAUCUUUUAAAUUUUUGUAUCAUUUUCUAUAUUUUUUUUUUAUAUUUUUCAAUCUUUUUUCCCCCUCAGAAUUGUUCUUCAUAACUCGCAAUUGCGUGUUUAUAUCACAAUUCUGACAUAACUCGCAAUUGUGACUUUAUAUCACGUAAUUCUGAGGGAAAAAAGUCAGAAUUGUGAGAUGUUAACUCGCAAUUGUGAGAAAAAAAGUCACAAUUAUUUUUUUUAUUCAGUGGCAGAAACAAGCUUCCAUAUACAUCUGCAGAACAAACUUUUCUAAGAAAAAAAAAAAAAAAACAUUUUUACUGUACCGCAACUUUACCGUUCACAACCUGUACUGUAAUUCAAAUUAAACCAUUUUUCCAUAAACUGUCACUAUACAACAAAUAUUAUCUAUUCUGCAUUGCUUCACUUUUCUGA